UAACCCAGCCCGCCUGAGCAGCUCAGGGAGACGGUAUACAUUACAUUACCCUGGCAGACAGUCGGAAGCAUAGAGCGAAGAGCCAAAGGCCAAUUGACUCGCACUCAUCUGCUGCCUGCUGCUCUGCUCUUCAACAACAUUGGAUAACUUUAGAGGUUUGAUGGACCGACAAGCUCAUGACUAUGCAGCUUCUGCUAUGGCAUAUGCCCAGCAGCAGCAGCAGCAACGACAAACUCCUAAUAUGCAACCCCAGCAGCAACAGUUUGGAUUUCACCCUCAACAACAUCAGCAGUUUCCUCCACCUCCAUUUAUGCCUCCCCAUCAUUCCCUGCAACAAUUUCCUUACCCCCACAAUUUGUCUCACCCUCCUCCCCAUCCUCAUCUUUUACACCAACAACAGCAACAACAACAUCCCCCCCCUCCUUUCCCACCACAUUUGCCCCCUCACCUUUACCCUCCUCCUUUGCAUGGCCCUUACGAUGCUCCUCCUCCUCCUCCUCCUUCUGAUCCUGAACUCCAAAAGCGAAUUGACAAACUUGUUGAGUAUGCUACCAAGAAUGGCCCCGAAUUUGAAGUCCUGAUUCGUGAAAAGCAACAGGACAACCCUGCUUAUAGUUUCCUCUUCGGGGGUGAGGGCCAUAACUACUAUCGUUACAAGCUUUGGUUAUCUACACAUCCCUCUGCUGCUGGAUCCUUUACCCCUCCUUUCCCAUCUUCUACCUUGCCCAUGUUGCAUCCUCCCCAAAACCCCAUCAUUGCCUCUGCUGUUCCCCCUUCCCCCUCAAUGCUCCCUGCUCCUCCAAUACACCAAUCUCCUUUUCCUCCUUUUUAUGAUCCACACCAUCACCACUCUCAUCCCUUUGCCCUUCAUGGACGACUAGAUUUUGAUCACUCUUCCAACUCCUUCAAAUGUCUUUCUGCUCCACUUCCCCCUGAUGUUGCCAUGGAGCUUAGCAAUGUGCUUAACAGUCUCAAUGGCACCAAAGAGUCCAUCAAAGGUGCCAAGACUUGGUUCAUGCAGCGAUAUCCAUUUGCACCAGCGCUGGCUGAGGCAUUAAGGGACAGGCUUUUUGCUGUAGAUGAUUCUGAGAGGCAACUGCAUGUUAUUUAUCUUGCUAAUGAUAUUCUUUUUGACAGUUUGCAGAGAAGGGUCAACCCCCAUGAGCUUGAUAAUGAAGCCCUUGCAUUUAAACCAGUUCUGGGGUCCAUGCUUGCGAGAGUCUAUCACAACCCCCAAAAUAAAGAUGAGAAUCAGCCUCGAUUGCAGAAAAUUUUGCAGUUCUGGGCUUCCAAGGAGGUUUAUGAUCAAGAUACUAUUUAUGCACUUGAGAGUGAGAUGGUUGGUGGACCGCCAGCAAAUUCUUUUUCAGGGCCUCCAAAAGAAUUGUCUACUGCUUCAGAUUCCUUGGCUACUGCAGGUUUUGCUCAGCAACCAACAAACCAUACUGCUCCCCAAUGGCAGGCUGAUAGGCAAAGUUUACUAGAUCAGGAGCAUCCUGAUAAACAAAUGCCCCUUGCCAUGCCACCAUCUCUAGGAAACCAGCAGUUUAUGCCAAGCUCAGUUCAUGGAGGUGCUGUUCCAGGGUCAAUGCCAGUAAAUUCUUCUGUUCAACCUGCCAAUCAACCACCUGCACCACAUUCAUUACAAGCUCCUCCUGCUAAUGUUGGCGAAAAAUUGCCUCCAUAUCCUUUGUUCCCACCUGGUCUUAUCCCUGGAAUGGUAAAAAAGAUGCAAAUUGGCAGUGGGGUGCCCUAUUCUCCUUUGAGUCCUUUGGACAUCCCUACAGUUAUACCUCCAUCCAAUGUAUCCCCAUCAGCAGUUUUAGAAAGAGUGUCAAAGUUCUUUAAAGAGAUUGGCGAGGUUAACCCAAUUGAGGGAUCAGUGAACUCUAAUUUGGAAGAUGAGGAUGAUGAGUAUGAGAGAGAUCCUCCCAUUCGUAAAGGAGGGGCUUGCAUCCCUCCGCCCCCAAACUUACAGGUUGACCCAGAGACUGGGACUUAUGCUGAUGGAAGUGUGGAGCGGAAACCAGGAUCCACUAGCUCAGGAAGACUGGGGCUUGGGGCAACAGCUGAUCCUAAUGAGGCUAGUCAAUAUGAUGAUGUGUACACAUCUUAUAGGAAACAGCGAAGCACCACUUACCACUCAUCCAUGAGUGCUAGAGCUGCUACAAGGUAAAAUUUCCCUAUAGUCUCACCAAAUGAGUUGUCAAGUGUACCAGAGUACUUUUUACCCAUCUUUCAUUGAACUUUUGUGCAAUGGAUCAAAGGGUGCUCUAAUCAUUGUAACCAGAUAUUGGGGAGUAAAAAGCUCGAGAUAAUUAGCAUCA